AUGUCAAUUCUGAUGUACUUCCAAAGAUGGUCACGGUAUUCAAGAGGCCCAAAGUAUCGACAAUUUGAGAAGGCAAGUGAGAGUAACUUUGAUCUUGUUUUAUUUAGUCCACAGGUCAGCAUGCUUGGUCCAAGAAAGAAUCAUGACCAAAUUGACAACAUGAAAGACUUGCAUGGCCUUCGUCAAGAGGAACGGGUACAAAUUGAGGGUUCACUAGAGGAUCUUGCUAGCUGUGAAUUUGCGUCCAAAGUUAAUGCAAACAUUGGUUUCUCAAACGAUAACGAAUCAGACA